CUUUUCUGUACAUGUCUCACUCUCGUCAGUCAGGAAGUGGUGACGCAGGUUAUGGGUUGGGUUUGGGGUUUUGGAAACCUUUUCUCAAAGUCGAUCUCCUCGCUCUGCCGUAUUUCUGAAGUGUGAAGCAGUGGCGAAGGCUGGUUGUGAGCAGAGGGAUGCCAGCCAAAAUGCAGCUCCUUAUCAGAUGUAACGGGAGGAUUUUCCUGGCUGUUUGUUUAAUCCUCUUUGUGGGAUACACAGCACAAGGUGCUCCGAUGCAGAGGGCAAGGUACAAGAGGGUGAGAUGCCGCCCUGACGCGUGGUCUGCCAACUGCAUCGAGGAGAAGGGGCCCUGGUUUUACCUGCCCACUGGUGGAGCCAACAGGAUCCUUCCUCCCAUGGCAGACCCGUCCCUGAUGAGGCGAUACCAGGAGCUGGGUGACAUAUUUCCUCUCUCCGAUGAGGAUUCUGGCUCUGGGUCCAAUACUAUGGUGGGAGCAGAGCCAGCCUCUGGGUCAGGGCUUGGUGACAGUGACAGCUUCUCCGAGGCGAAGCUGCCUGUCUUCCUGGAGGGUCUGCGAGACACCAAGCUGAAGGAGAAGCUGUCGGAGGAGGAUUUGCUCCUGUAGGGUUUGAGAUGUCCCUCACGUCCUGCUCCCUUGCUGAGUCCUCCCCAGAGCCUGACCCGACAGCCAUGAAGCAGUUUUAAACCAACUCCACAUCAAUAAAAACCUUACCUUAAGAUCUUUACUGCUUUCACUCACUGAAAA